UCGAUUUCAGUUCUUCCUCAUCCUCAACCUUAAAAGAAUGGUUGUAAUAUCCGGUUUACUCUUAACUUCUAAAGAGAACUGUGGGUUUCUCUAGGAGCAGACGCAGAGCAGCGCGCAAGAGGCGAUCGAGGGCAGCUAAAAACUCGGCCCCUGGCCGCAGCGUCAGCAUCAGGUUACCAUGGCAUCUGGACCCACCAAGACAGCACCCAUUUGUCUAGUGGAAAACCAGGAAGAGCAGCUGAUGGUAAAUCCAGAAGCAUUACAGAUUCUUUAUGAGGUAUCUCAACCUGUGGUGGUGGUGGCCAUUGCAGGGCUGUAUCGGACAGGAAAGUCCUACCUGAUGAACCUUCUGGCAGGGCAGAACCAUGGCUUUCGUCUGGGCUCCACAGUCAGAUCUGAAACUAAGGGCAUCUGGAUGUGGUGUAUACCCCACCCCACCAAGCUGAACCACACCUUGGUCCUUCUGGACACUGAGGGCCUGGGUGAUGUGAAAAAGGGUGACCCUAAAAAUGACUCAUGGAUCUUUGCCCUGACGGUGCUUCUGAGCAGCACCCUGAUCUACAACAGCAUGAACACCAUCAACCACCAGGCCCUGGAGCAGCUGCACUAUGUGACUGAACUCACAGAGCUAAUCAGAGCAAAGUCCUCCUCAACACCUGAUAAGGUAAAGGACUCCAUCGAGUUUGUGAGUUUCUUUCCAGACUUUGUUUGGACUGUUCGUGAUUUCACCCUGGAGAUGAAGAUAGAUGACUUGCCCAUCACUGAAGAUGAGUACCUGGAGGAUGCCUUGAAGCUAAUUCCAGGCAAAAAUCCCAGAGUCCAAAAUUCCAACAUGCCCAGAGAAUGUAUUAGGGAGUUCUUUCCGAACCGGAAGUGCUUCACCUUUGACCGGCCUACAAGUGACAAAAAUCUCUUAUUCCAUAUUGAGAAUGUGCGAGAAGACCAUCUGGAUGGUAGUUUCCAGGUGCAAUCAAAAAAAUUUCGUUCCUAUAUCUUAGACAAUUCAAGGACCAAGACCCUGAGAGAGGGAAUCAUUGUCACUGGAAAUCGGCUGGGGGCUCUGGUGGAAGCCUAUGUGAAUGCCAUCAAGAGUGGUGUAGUUCCUUGUUUGGAGAAUGCUGUGACAACUCUGGCUGAGCAUGAGAACUCAGUGGCUGUGCAGAAGGCAGUCAACCACUACAGCAAGGAGAUGACCCAAGGAGUGAGCCUUCCCACAGAUUCGCUCCAGGAGUUGCUAAAGAAGCAUGGAGACUGUGAGAAGGAAGCCAUUGCAGUCUUCAUAGAGAACUCUUUCAGGGAUGAUGAACGGAAGUUCCAAAAAAAGCUUGUGGAAGCCAUAGAGAAAAAGAAGGAAUAUUUCUUGCAGCAGAAUGAAGAGGCAUCUGUCAAAUACUGUCAGGCUAUGCUGAAGCAGCUUUCAAAGCCCCUGAUGGAAAGCAUUAAAGAGAAAACUUUCUUUGUUUCUGGAGGACACAAGCUCUACUUAGAAGCAAAGAAGAAGGUUGAGCAUGGCUACAAGCUAGUGCCCAGAAAAGGAGUUAAGGCAAGUGAGGUCCUCCAGGGCUUUCUACAGUCACAGGCAACAGUAGAGGAAUGCAUCCUGCAUUCAGACAAUGCCCUCACUGCUCAGGAGAAGGCCGUUGCAGUGGAACGGACCAAAAAGGAAGCAGCUGAGAAGGAACAGGAGCAGCUAAAGCAGAAAGAGAAUGAGCACCAGCAAAAAUUGGAGGCUCAAGAAAGAAGCUUCAACGAAAACCUAGCCCAGCUGGAAGAAAAGAUAAAGAAGGAACAAGAAAGACUUCAGGAGAUGCUGGAAAAGGUUUUGGAUCAUUAUCUAAGGAUCCAAGAAGAAUUGCUUAAUGAAAAAUUUAAGAAGAAAUCCCAUGAGUUGGCUAUGGAGAUAAAUCGAUUAAGAAAAGAGAUUGAAGAAACUAAAAACAAUGACUCAUGCAUGUUGAAGGCUAUUGAAAUGGCUGGGAAUGUGCUAAUUAUUGCACUACCUGAAAUUUUUAAACUAUGGUAUGGAGAGCAGAAAGUUCUUGACUAAAGAAAUUAAAUAGGCUUAGGUUUCUUAAGGAUAUUUUAAAACGAGGCUUCUUUUAAUAGUGUAAUACUGUUUUCAUUUUUGAAAUACAUAUCAUGCUACUUUCAUACAACAGAGGUUAAAAAAUAAAAAGUGAUUCAAAAUAUGUCAGUGUUUGGUAUACAAAAAAACAAACUUAAUUUUGAUUGAAUAAAUUAAUUUAAAGAAAUGGGAAACAAAUUGAAUGGAAAUACACUGGAAGAUAAAACUAAGUUUGCAAUAC